ACACAACCCAGCACUGAGGCAGAUAUUAGGGUUUAUUUUUGAAUGGAAUACUAUAGCAACAAACACUAAUGCACCUCAACAGGUCUUAUUAUUAUUAUUAUUAUUAUUAUUAUUAUUGAAUCCCCAGACCCUCGGCUCUGUGGUGCUGGGUGGUCCAGUGAGGCUGCUGAUCUGCUCCAGGCUGUGAAGCUGAUAGGCUGAUUAAGCUCGCGGCUGAAGUGCUCGUGCCCGCGCCAAGCGUCCCUCCCUCGCGCUGCUUCACUCUCCGAGGUGCAGCCGCGCGAGCUGCUCACUUUUAGUGUCACACCGAAAGCAGGAGGCGGGAGCUGCAGCACGGCGGGAGUCAGACGGAGUUUCUGCUGGGCUGAGAAUAUUCCUGCCGCCCGAGGAGCGCGAGAUGGAGCCGAGGACGCCGCGCGCAGCGUGAUGCUGAGACCCCUGCAGGAUGCUGGAGCUGAGCGUGUGUUCAGGCAGCUCUCGGACCCUCUCUGAGCGCGAUGCCCGGAUGGUGCCAGGCAGCGGCUCGGGCAACAGCAGCCCUGUGCCGGGCUUUCUGCUGCAGGACCCUGAUGGCUGGUGCAAACACCGGGGGGCACUGCUGGACAGCUCGCUGCUGGAUCCUCAUGGUUCGCUGGGCGCUCCACUCAUGCACACCUCCACCCCCAGCUUACACACGCUCUGCGUGCCCUGUGCCCCCACCUCAUUGGACCUGGGGGAGGCGGAGCUGCCCGUUAGCCCGAACGUCAUUAAACGCCGCAGAGGCGGACUCAUCGAGCAGCGGGACAUCAUUAAAGCCCACCAGGCCCACAAAAUCCACAGCACCCCACAGGCCCGACGCAAAGAGUGGGAGAUGGCACGGUUCGGGGACGAUGUUCCGGGGCUGCUGGUUGCCGUGGACACGGGGUCCGAGCGCAGCCGCACCCGCGAAGCCCCUGCCGUCUCCACCGGAGGGGUUUCGCCCGUCUUCAAACAGACGAAAGCGCAGAGAGCGCGCACCAUGGCCCUGUAUAACCCCAUCCCCGUCCGGCAGAACUGCUUUACCGUCAACAGGUCACUCUUCAUCUUCAGCGAGGAUAAUGUGGUCAGGAAGUACGCCAAGAAGAUCAUAGAGUGGCCUCCGUUUGAGUAUAUGAUUCUGGCCACCAUCAUCGCUAACUGCAUCGUUCUGGCACUCGAGCAGCACCUGCCUGGAGAGGAUAAAACACCAAUGUCCAAAAAACUGGAGAAAACUGAGCCGUACUUCAUUGGGAUGUUUUGUUUUGAAGCUGGAAUAAAGAUCGUGGCCCUGGGAUUCGUGUUCCAUAAAGGAUCCUACCUGAGGAACGGCUGGAACGUGAUGGACUUCAUCGUGGUGCUGAGCGGGAUUCUAGCUACUGCAGGAACUCAUAUGAACAUCCCAGUGGACCUUCGGACGCUGAGGGCCGUGCGUGUGCUGAGACCGCUGAAGCUGGUGUCCGGAAUCCCCAGUCUGCAGAUAGUAUUGAAGUCCAUCAUGAAGGCCAUGGUGCCUCUGCUGCAGAUUGGCCUGUUGCUGUUCUUUGCCAUCCUCAUGUUCGCCAUCAUCGGCCUGGAGUUCUACAGUGGCCGUCUGCACAGAACCUGCUUACCAGAACCAGACAUACGAGAGAAUGAGACGGUUGCUGUGUGGGAGGCGGAGUUUCCCUGUGGUUUCAGACAAUGUCCACAUAAGUACAACUGCACUGGCGACUGGGAAGGCCCCAAUGAUGGAAUCACACAGUUCGACAACAUUCUCUUCGCCGUGUUGACCGUCUUUCAGUGCAUCACCAUGGAGGGCUGGACCACUGUGCUUUAUAAUGCCAAUGAUGCCUUGGGUCCCUCAUGGAACUGGCUGUACUUCAUUCCACUCAUUAUAAUCGGAUCCUUCUUUGUGCUGAACCUGGUAUUGGGAGUCUUGUCUGGGGAGUUUGCAAAGGAGAGAGAACGUGUGGAAAAUCGACGGGCGUUCAUGAAGCUGCGGCGGCAGCAGCAGAUCGAGCGCGAGCUGAACGGGUAUAGAGCCUGGAUCGACAGGGCAGAGGAGGUGAUGCUGGCAGAGGAGAAUAAAAACUCUGGCCCGUCUGCCCUGGAUGUGCUGAAGAGAGCCACCACCAUAAAAAGGCGAGGCGUGGACACUAUCAGACGUGGUCCAGAGGAGCAGUACGGAGACAUCGCUUCUGUUGGAAUGCCUCUGAACAGGGUGAGUAUCCGCAGCGCAAAGCGAGGGCCCACGGCGUAUUUCCGGAGGAAAGAGAGAAUGCUGCGCAUCUCCAUCCGCCGCAUGGUGAAAACGCACACCUUCUACUGGACAGUGUUGGGUCUGGUGGCCCUCAACACCCUCUGUGUGGCUAUCGUCCAUCACAAACAGCCACUGCUGCUGUCCAUCUUCCUCUAUUACGCCGAGUUCCUGUUUCUGGGUCUGUUUCUGACUGAGAUGUUUCUGAAGAUGUAUGGCCUCGGCCCGCGACUCUACUUCCAUUCCUCUUUUAACUGCUUCGACUGUGGGGUGAUUGUGGGAAGUAUCUUUGAGGUGAUCUGGGGUUUCUUCAGGCCAGGCAUGUCGUUCGGCAUCAGUGUCCUGCGCGCCCUCCGACUGCUCCGAAUCUUUAAAAUUACCAAGUACUGGGCAUCGUUGAGGAACCUUGUGGUGUCUCUGAUGAACUCCAUGAAGUCCAUCAUCAGCCUGCUCUUCCUCCUCUUCCUCUUCAUCGUGGUCUUUGCCCUGCUGGGCAUGCAGCUGUUCGGGGGCCGGUUCACCUUCGAGGAUUAUACUCCCACCAACUUUGAUACAUUUCCAGCUGCCAUCAUGACAGUGUUUCAGAUCCUGACCGGUGAAGACUGGAAUGAGGUGAUGUACAAUGGAAUUCGCUCUCAGGGUGGAGUCAAGUCAGGAAUGUGGUCCUCCAUUUACUUCAUUGUCCUCACGCUGUUCGGAAACUACACACUUCUCAAUGUCUUCUUGGCUAUCGCUGUUGACAAUUUAGCCAACGCCCAAGAGCUCACAAAGGAUGAGGAGGAGGAGGAAGAAGCUUUUAACCAGAAGCAUGCCCUGCAGAAGGCGAAGGAGGUCGGGCACAUGUCCUCCUUCAUGUCCUCAGAGAGGAGGAGGAGGCCCUACUUGUACAGGAAGCGAGCGAUCCACCGCAGCCGAGCGGCCUACUCUCUGGAAGAGUCAGACCCUCCUCCACUCAAUGCCUCUAACUCUUUCAUGUCCAGGAGAGAGAGGAGGCGCCGGAUGACGAUGUCCGUGUGGGAGCAGAGGACCAGCCAGCUCCGCCGCCACCGGCAGAUGUCCAGCCGGGAGAUCCUGUACAGCAGCACCAAUGAGGAGCGGGAAGGCCAGGGCGUGUUGCAGCAGCACCGGCCUGCCGCCUCGCCCUCGCACAGUGUCCGCCGAUCUGCAGAGACAUCCAGACAGACAUCACUCAACCUUAGACGUCCCGCAGAAACGGAGACUCAGACAUCCCUCAGCGUCAGAAGACCCUCAGAUACCCCUCUGGAGCCAGUCGGGCCACUGGACCUGUCCCUAGGUGAGGAGGAUAUCUCCGUGCCCCUACCGGAACCACCUAUGGCCCUGGACAUUCCUCUCCCAGAGCUGCAGCUGCCCGAGUCAGCAGCCUCCUCUUGUGGUUCUCAGGCAGUCAGCCAUCUGAGGUUAAACGGAGAGAGGAGGCAGCGAGCGAUCCGUAAGCACAGACCGACAGAUUCUGGCUCAAAGCUCCGGAAACCACGGCAAUCCAGGGACACGGAAGGGGACCACAGUCGCUCAAGCAGCCAGGAGAGGAGGAACGAGGGAGAAGAAGAGGAGGAGAAGAAAAGCAACAACGAUGGACGAAUCAGUCCAGAUGGCAUCAUGGCUGAGAAGAGAGAGCCUGGAGAUUCAGAGCCAGCCACACUGCAGGUCACUGACAGCACCACGCUGGAGCACACAGCAGCCCCCAGGGGCACUACUGAGGGUGAGAACAACAACACCCCUGCCUCUCUGGGUCAGGAUAAGGCGAGUGUGAUGAUAGAGGUGACUGACCCUCAGCAGGGCCUGGAGCUGUCCGUUACAGCUAACAGCAAAGACCUGGAGGCCUCGAAGUCGGAGAAGGAAGAUGAGGAAGUGCCAAACUCUUCAAAAGCUCCUCCCCAAAACAGCAUGUUCAUCUUCAAACCCCACAAUCCUAUCCGCAGGGCCUGUCACUACGUUGUUAAUCUCCGUUACUUUGAGAUGUGUAUCCUGUUGGUCAUUGCUGCCAGCAGCAUUGCUUUAGCUGCUGAAGAUCCAGUGGCCACAAACUCCGACUGGAACAAAGUGCUUCGUUACUUUGAUUAUGUAUUCACUGGAGUCUUCACCUUUGAAAUGAUAAUCAAGAUGAUCGAGCAGGGUCUGAUCCUGCAUGAUGGCUCGUAUUUCCGGGACCUGUGGAAUAUUCUGGAUUUCAUCGUGGUGAUCGGAGCGCUGGUGGCUUUCGCUCUCACGAAUGUUCUGGGGAACAAUAAAGGGAGAGAUAUUAAAACCAUUAAAUCUCUCAGAGUGCUGCGGGUUCUCCGGCCCCUGAAGACCAUUAAGAGGCUGCCCAAGCUGAAGGCAGUGUUUGAUUGUGUUGUGACGUCUCUGAAGAACGUCUUUAACAUCCUCAUCGUCUACAAGCUCUUCAUGUUCAUCUUUGCGGUCAUUGCUGUCCAGCUUUUUAAAGGGAAGUUUUUCUACUGCACUGAUGGAUCCAAAGAUACAGAAAAAGAUUGCCAGGGCUACUACAUCGACUACGAUAAAGAUAAGAAGGAGGUGAAGAAGAGAGAGUGGAAGAGACACGAGUUUCACUAUGAUAACGUGGUCUGGGCUCUGCUGACCCUCUUCACCGUCUCCACUGGAGAAGGAUGGCCCCAAGUCCUGCAGCACUCGGUGGACGUGACAGAUGAAGACCAGGGUCCGAGCCGAGGGAACCGGAUGGAAAUGUCCAUUUUUUACGUCAUUUACUUUGUGGUUUUCCCCUUUUUCUUUGUGAAUAUAUUUGUAGCCCUCAUCAUCAUCACGUUCCAGGAACAGGGUGAUAAGAUGAUGGAGGAGUGCAGCCUGGAGAAGAACGAGAGAGCUUGCAUUGACUUUGCUAUCAGUGCCAAACCCCUGACCCGCUACAUGCCCCAGAACCGCCACACCCUCCAGUACCGGCUGUGGCACUUUGUGGUUUCGCCUUCGUUUGAGUACACCGUGCUGACCAUGAUAGCCCUCAACACCAUCGUCCUCAUGAUGAAGUACCACCAGGCUCCUGAGCUUUAUGAUACGGUGCUGAAACACCUGAACACGGCGUUUACAGUCCUGUUCUCUGUGGAGUGUGUUCUCAAGAUUUUGGCGUUUGGUUUUAUGAAUUACUUCAGGGACACGUGGAAUAUUUUUGACUUCAUCACAGUCCUGGGGAGCAUCACUGAAAUCGUGGUGGAGCUGCAGUCUGCAUCUUUUAACAUGAGCUUCCUGAAGCUGUUCCGAGCUGCUCGGCUGAUAAAGCUGCUGAGGCAGGGUUACACCAUCCGGAUCUUACUCUGGACCUUCGUCCAGUCCUUCAAGGCUCUCCCGUACGUGUGUCUGCUCAUUGCCAUGCUGUUCUUCAUCUACGCUAUUAUUGGGAUGCAGGUCUUCGGGAAUAUAAAGCUAAAUGAAGAAACUCACAUUAAUCAACACAACAACUUCAAGACCUUCUUUGGAGCCCUGAUGUUACUGUUCAGGAGUGCGACGGGUGAGUCGUGGCAGGAGAUCAUGCUGUCAUGUUUAGGGGGGAAGAAGUGCGAGGCUGACCCCUCUCUGACCCCCACAGCCGAGCCUGAGGGGGGCUGUGGCACUGAAUUUGCCUAUUUCUAUUUCGUCUCCUUCAUCUUCUUCAGCUCUUUCCUGAUGCUGAAUCUGUUUGUUGCUGUUAUAAUGGAUAAUUUUGAGUACCUGACACGUGACUCCUCCAUUCUGGGUCCCCAUCACCUGGAUGAAUUUGUCCGGAUGUGGGGGCAGUAUGAUCGAGCUGCCUGUGGCCGUAUUCACUACACUGAUAUGUACGAGAUGCUGACCUACAUGUCUCCGCCGCUUGGCCUGGGCAAGAAAUGCCCCUCCAAAGUGGCUUAUAAGAGGCUGAUUCUGAUGAACAUGCCAGUGGAUGAAGAGAUGACGGUGCACUUCACCUCCACCCUCAUGGCCCUGAUUCGCACGGCGCUGGAGAUCAAAAUCGCUCGAGGCGGUGAGGACAGGGGUCAGAUGGACAUUGAACUUCAGAAGGAAAUCAGCAUCAUCUGGCCUCACCUGUCCCAAAAAUCACUGGACCUGCUUGUGCCCAUUCACAAAGCCAGUGAUAUGACUAUAGGGAAAAUCUAUGCAGCCAUGAUGAUCAUGGACUACUACAAACAGAGCAAAGCCAAGAAGCUCCGGCAGCAGCUGGAAGAGCAGAAACACGCGCCGAUGUUCCAGAGGAUGGAUGCUUCCUCGCUGCCGCAGGAGAUCCUCUCCAGUGCUAAGGCUCUGCCGUUCCUCGCACACAGCGCAGGAUCUGCACUGACGAGAGGAGGUUUUGUAGCUCUGAGUCCCAUCUCCCCUCAGGAGCUCUUCAUGCAGCCCCCGAGUCCGGAGCUCGAGGAGGAAAACUACCGUCUUCAGUACCACCCACAGCAAGACACGGUGCCAGAGCACAGAGACUUUAGCCGCAUGCUGCAGGUGCCAGAGAGAGCCGUGUCUAUCCGAGCCUCCUCCAUGCCUCGGCUGGCUGUAGAGCCACAGGCGAGCUCAGAGAGCAAGCUUAUGAAGCGUUCUUUCUCCACCAUUGGCGAUCAGUGUGUGAACGGCGUUUGGCAGGAGGAGUUUUCCCUGGAGAGGGUCAGUCCUGACCGGCUGGAGAGACCCAGACAAAGAAGCUUCAGAGGUGUCAGGUCUAACCUGAGGGAGGCAGCAGGGAGAGAGAGGGGGCGAUCGAAGGAGAGGAAGCGGCUGCUCUCUCCAGAUCCGUCUCGCUGUAACUCGGAGGACCGGAGCCAAACACGAGACACACACACACGCUCACCCAGCCAGGGGAGAACACACACACCACACACACAGGGUGAAUCUUCAGCCAGCCCGCUGCACUCAGACACUGGGACCCCUAGGGGGCGGCGUCAGCUCCCUCAAACGCCUUCUCGGCCCCGCCCACACAUCUCCUAUUCGCCGUUAGUGUGCCGCGCCCAUCCGUCUACAGAGGACGGACAAUCACGGACCCAACCCUCAGGAGAAGGGGAGGAGCCUCGGUGGGCAGAGGAUCCUCUGCCCCGUGGGGCAGGGCCAGGGGCUAUAAGCCACGCCUCCCCUCAGCGCUACAUCUCAGAGCCGUACCUGCCGCUGCAUGAGGACUUUAACAGCCCGGACUCCAGCUGCCCUGAGGAGACACUCACCUUUGAGGUUGCCAUAGCAACCAGCCUGGGCCGCAGCAACGCCAUAAGCUCCGCCCCCCAGCUGCGGCACACCUGGCAGGUGCCCAAUGGCCAUUUCCGCAAGCGUCUGGCGCAGGCGACGGGGGGCACGUCGGGGUGCGAGCUGCUGAGCGACACCGACGAGGACGACCGCUGCUAGAGACGGAAAAAAUCUAAAAUAGACACUGAGCUGAACGAGCUGGGGUCUGGACUCAAGACUGGACUUCAACUCUGACCCCCGGCCUGACUGACCAUGUGUUCAGUGUGUCUGUAUAUGUGAAUGACAGGAGAAACCAGACGUUUCUCCCCUGCGCUGUCCGGCCAGAAACUAAGCAGCAGAGAUCAUAGUGGCACUCCCAGCUUUGUUUCAGAGCUUUUCCUCACAGUUAGCAGGGCUGUGUCCCGGUGGGCACUGCUGACCACUUGAAAAGUGCUUAAACAAGCUUAGCCAACUAUAUAAAAAUGUCCAGUGUUCUAAGUUCUAACCCAUUCAUGUCCAGCUACUAAAUUUAAUAUGUUAAGGAAAGAAGAAUUCACCCCGUGUUCAAUGUGAUGCCCGCACUACCAUUUGAGAACCAACUUUGUCCUAAGUUGCUUUCAGGGAACCCACUCUUAACUGACGAUGACAUGAUUAACUAGCUAGGUGCCCCUCUAUCACACAGUGUUUAUGAGCUGGGAGAGUGAAGGCUAGCACACGCUUCCUCUGAGACGAGUGGAGCUCCAUCACAACUUUUUAAAGUGCUGCUAAUGCAGCAUCAGCAGACACCUCAACACGCUUGGAGGAGAACACUAACAGACACCCACAUUGACUAGCAUAGCACUGAGUGAUGGGGGAGCAAGGACUCAGAGGAACAGAUGGCUGUGGCAACUUUGGGGAUCAAACUCACAACCUCCUGACAAUAACGCCAGUGCGUUAUUAACGCCAGUGCUUACCAUACAUUCACAUUAGCAGACGACUGAGCAACAGGCAACCAGUCAUUUCCAAUGGAAAUAGCAACAAGUUGCAAGCGAGUCAGCAUCAGAGCAACUUUAGCUUUAAAAUUUAUUUCAGUUUUUGCAAUGGUGAAAUUAUUUUCAUACUUUUAUUCAAAUUUAGAUUGUCUGUUGUUCAAUUCAGUAGUCUUGAACCACUUCAUUUAUAUUUAUAUUUAAUUUUUGAAGCCUUGUGAUUUGAGAAUUUUAAUGGAAUUUUAGUUCAGGCACCCUCAGAGGACAUAGACCAAUCAGGCAUAACAUUAUGAGCACCUCCUCGUUUCUACACUCAUUGUCCACUUU